UAUAAAAAGGCAAAAUAAUGAAGUCGGCCGUGGUCUCAGUCGUCCUACUCGUGAUUCUUGUGGCCUGGCCAGUAUCGGCUGACCGGAAAGACUUGCCAGGAGCGGGAGGAUACGGAGGCGACGAUGAGGAAGAGGACACAAAGACAUGGUUUCCUUUGGACAAUCAGUUAUCGUUGAGUUACUAUGAUAAGAUUUGUCCAAAUUUUGAGAAAAUCGUCGAUACAAAAGUGAGGGAAUGGACAAAGACUGAUCCUUCCCUUGGUCCAGCCCUCCUCCGUCUUCUCUUCCACGAUUGCGGUGUCACGGGAUGUGAUGCAUCGGUUCUUCUAGACCACAAAGGAUCGGAGAGAAGAUCUCCAGCAAGCAAAACCCUAAGAGGCUUCGAGCUAAUCGACGAUAUCAAGUCUGAGAUCGAGAAGUCCUGCCCCGGUUUAGUCUCAUGUGCCGACAUCCUAACCUCAGCUAGCCGCAGUGCAACCUACCAACUAGGUGGUCCUUACUGGCCCAACGCCUACGGACGUCGUGACUCCACCAACUCUUACGCUAGAGACGUCGAGAAAGUCCCUUCAGGCCGCCGUGACAUCACCGGCCUCCUCGAAACGUUUCAGUCUUACGGACUCAAUAUUCUCGACCUUGUCGUCCUUUCCGGAGCCCACACCAUCGGAAAAGCCUACUGUGGAACCAUCCAGUCAAGGCUUUACAAUUUCAACGCGACCCACGGAACUGAUCCGUCUAUUGACCCCAAAUACGCAGAUUUCUUGCGCCGCAAGUGUCGUUGGGCCUCAGAGACGGUUUACCUAGACGCCGUGACUCCGGUGGUAUUCGAUAAUCAGUAUUACAUUAAUCUUCAGAAGAAUAUGGGAGUUUUGACGACUGAUGCGGAGCUUGUGAAGGACCCGAGGACCGCUCCACUUGUAAAAGCUUUCGCGGAGCAGCCGCCUCAGAUGUUCAGACAUCAGUUUGGUGUGUCAAUGGCUAAGCUGGUCAAUGUUGGCGUCAUCACUGGUGAAGAUCGUACUGGAGAGAUCAGGAGGGUUUGUAGCAAAUCUAACUCUAAACGUUACUGAUUCUUUUUUCAAAAAUAAAAACAAACGGUGCUGAGUUUGUAAACGAAUCUUUCUUGACAAAUAAUUUCUUGUUGUUUCAAUUUUAAUUUUAU